ACUUUUUCUUGGGGAAGAGGUGGAAAAAUGGGAGAGAAACAGACAAAACAAAACCCCUUUCUUUCUUUCUUUCUCUUUUUCCCCCCACUGCCCUCUUUCUCCUCCCACUCCCUCCUCUCUUUUGAAUGCUUAUUUGGAGAGUGUGAGCGGAAAUCUAGGGCUUCUAUGGACUUCAAGAAAUUCCAUAUUCCUCUCGACCCUAUACAAGACAAACAUAAGCCAGAUGGUGACAAGAACAACCUCUUGUGUUAUGGCCAAAGCAGCCAUGGAGGAAAGAGAAAAAAGGGAAUAGAAUGGGUCUCCUCAAGAUGUAACCUUUUUUUAGACCAUCACUGCCCAUUCUGUAGCAAAACCCAAUAAAACCCAAAGCCAUCUCACUCCCCUGCCUCUUCCUCCCCCUCUCCUCUGUCAGACAUAUCAUGCCUGACCUAGCUCAUCGAGAUUGAAGCUUUUCCGGCGGAGCUUUCUCUGGGUUUUUGACGAAAUCUAAAACCCAGUUGGGAUUUGACUGAAGCCAGUGCCGAUUUGAAGCUGCCUGCCACUGGCAGGAGAGAACCAGUGAACUUCCUGGGUGUUGAGUUUGGCUCUCAAUAUCAAUUGUUGAUGGCAGGAAACGUUCAAGAAGACAGAUCCUCUGUCACUUCAUCUCCCCUUCCGUUAUUUCCCUGGAUGUCACUAUCUCCAGGACUUGGAUCCCCAUUCCCAUGGUUGAGGGAUCUACAACCGGAAGAGAGGGGGUUGUGUCUCAUUCAGCUCCUUCAUGCUUGUGCAAACCAUGUGGCUGCAGGGAGUGUCGAGAAUGCAAAUGUCGGCCUUGGUCAUAUCUCCCACCUUGCCUCUCCUGAUGGUGAUACUAUGCAAAGGAUUGCUGCUUACUUCACCGAGGCGCUUGCUGACCGGAUGCUCAAAGUCUGGCCUGGUUUGUACAAGGCUCUCAAUUCCACGAAAACCCGUUCACCCUCUGAAGAAAUUAUUGUCCAGAAGCUCUUCUUCGAGCUUUGCCCCUUUUUGAAGCUCUCAUAUGUCAUAACAAACCAGGCUAUUGUGGAGGCAAUGGAAGGUGAGAAAAUGAUACAUAUUAUAGAUUUGCACUCAUUUGAGCCUGCUCAGUGGAUUGAGCUACUCCGGACAUUAAGCGCACGGCCUGAAGGUCCACCUCAUUUGAGAAUCACAGGUAUUCAUGAGCAGAAAGAGGUGUUGGACCAGAUGGGAGCUCGAUUAGUCGAAGAAGCUGAAAAGCUGGACAUCCCAUUUCAGUUCAACUCCAUAGUGAGCAAGCUUGAGAAUCUCGAUCUUGAACGCUUGCGUGUGAAGACGGGAGAAGCUCUUGCAGUCAGUUCUGUUCUUCAGUUGCAUUCUCUCUUGGCAACUGAUGAGGCUGAGGUGGUUGGAAGAGUUUCUCCUUCAGCACCGGCUUCUAAGAGUGCUAGUCAUAAUAACCACAUUCAAAAGUUCAUGCAAAUGAACCAACACCAGAAGACUUUAGGGGAGUGGCUUGAGAAAGAUGUGGUUCAUUAUCAUUGUUCGAGUCCCGAUUCAGCACUAUCCCCACUAUCACUUGCUCCAUCACCAAACAUGGGAACCUUCUUGGGUGCAUUUUGGGCUCUUUCACCCAAGAUCAUGGUGGUGACCGAGCAGGAGUCCGACCAUAAUGGCUAUUCAUUAACAGAAAGGGUGUCUGAAGCUAUGAACUUCUAUGCUGCUCUUUUUGAUUGUUUGGAGUCAUCUACUGAUCCCAGAGCUUCAUUAGAAAGACAAAAGGUCGAGAAGAUGUUAUUCGGUAAGGAAAUCAAGAACAUAAUUGCUUGUGAAGGGAACGAGCGAAGGGAAAGACACGAGAAGUUGGAGAAAUGGAUACUGCGGCUUGAGUUAGCCGGGUUUGGGAGAGUUCCUCUGAGUUAUGAUGGAAUGUGGCAAGCAAACAGAUUACUGCAGAGUUAUAACUAUGGAGGGUAUAAGAUCAAAGACAAGAAAGGAUGCUUGCUCAUUUGCUGGCACGACAGACCUCUGUACUCCAUCUCGGCUUGGAGACAUAGGAGGCAAUAGUAAAAAGAGCAUACUUCAACACCUUCAAUAAGUUUUUCUUUCUUAGAUUUCCAUUCUCUUUUUGGAUUUCUGUAGCUUUUGAUUUUAAUGUUUCUCUGUACAAACGAUGGUUUUCUCCAUCUUGCCAUCUGCAUAGUGUUACUCCUGUAUGAUCUGAGUGGGUUCCUUCAUCUAACCUCUUCGUCCAUUUUUGGUGUGUUCCUUGUUUUGUCCAUCUAUCAUUUUCUUUCUUGAGGUUUUUGCUCCCCUCCAUCUGCAUGUAUCAAUCCAACAG